AUGAUAUCAAAACGCAACGCAUUAGGGUUUCGAAAUCCACCACCACACUUUCUCCAUAUUCGCUCAACGCAUGAUCGCGAUGCAGCUCUAGGGUUGUUCUUCUUCUCUCUCUCCACUUGCGAAUCUGAAAUCUUGAUUAUCGUACAUGCCAUCGGCGGUGACCGGAAGAAGAUGUAUAGCAAUUUCAAGGAGCAGGCGAUAGAGUACGUGAAGCAGGCCGUGCAGGAAGACAAUGCCGGAAACUACGCGAAAGCGUUCCCUCUCUACAUGAACGCCUUGGAGUACUUCAAGACGCAUCUCAAGUACGAGAAGAACCCUAAGAUCAAGGAAGCUAUAACGCAGAAAUUCACCGAGUACCUGCGUCGGGCCGAGGAGAUUCGGGCCGUCCUCGACGACGGGGGCCCCGGCCCGGCCUCCAACGGGGACGCUGCCGUCGCCGCCAGACCCAAGACUAAGCCCAAGGACGGCGAAGGAGGCGGUGACGGUGAGGACCCAGAGCAGGCUAAGCUCCGGGCUGGGCUCAACUCGGCCAUCGUGAGGGAGAAGCCCAACGUGAAGUGGAACGACGUCGCAGGGUUGGAGAGCGCCAAGCAGGCCUUGCAGGAGGCUGUGAUUUUGCCUGUGAAGUUCCCUCAGUUCUUUACUGGGAAAAGACGACCCUGGAGAGCUUUUUUGUUGUAUGGACCUCCAGGAACGGGAAAAUCUUAUUUAGCCAAGGCUGUUGCAACAGAAGCCGAGUCCACAUUUUUCAGUGUUUCUUCAUCAGACCUUGUUUCAAAGUGGAUGGGUGAAAGUGAAAAGUUGGUUUCAAAUCUUUUCCAAAUGGCUCGAGAAAGUGCCCCUUCUAUCAUAUUUAUUGAUGAAAUAGAUUCCCUAUGUGGUCAGCGUGGGGAAGGCAAUGAGAGUGAAGCUUCAAGACGAAUUAAAACAGAGCUUCUGGUUCAGAUGCAGGGUGUAGGACACAAUGAUCAGAAAGUUCUUGUUCUUGCAGCAACAAAUACACCCUAUGCGUUAGACCAGGCAAUAAGGCGUCGUUUUGAUAAGCGCAUAUAUAUUCCACUACCAGAUUUGAAGGCUCGACAACACAUGUUCAAGGUGCAUCUAGGAGAUACUCCUCAUAACUUGACUGAAAGUGAUUUUGAGUACUUGGCGAGCAGGACAGAGGGGUUUUCGGGUUCAGAUAUCUCUGUCUGUGUAAAGGAUGUGUUAUUUGAACCUGUUCGCAAAACCCAAGAUGCGAUGUUCUUCUUUAAAAAUCCUGAGGGUAUGUGGAUCCCGUGUGGACCAAAACAACAGGGUGCUGUACAAACCACAAUGCAGGAUCUUGCUGCAAAAGGACUUGCUUCUAAGAUCCUUCCACCCCCUAUUACGCGGACAGAUUUUGAGAAGGUUCUCGCCAGACAAAGGCCUACAGUAAGCAAAGCCGACCUUGAUGUUCACGAGAGAUUCACAAAGGAGUUUGGAGAGGAAGGUUAA